AUGUCGAGGAUGGGACGACAGCAAUCGCAAGCAUGCGGACCAAAUUCCGGCCCGCACCAAAAGCCAGGACGGUUCUCACUCUGGCCCGGGAGAAGAGCAACUACCACAAUUACCACAAGAGAAGAACCGGCUACAGCUAGUAGCUCUGGCUUGAUGAUUGAUCGAUCUGAUCGUCAGCUCUCCCGUUUCUCCCCCGGAAAUCGAAUCGACCAAAUUCAAUUUGUCGCAAGAUCUCUUCAUCGGCGCGUUGCACGAUCCUAA